GUCAUGUUUACAAACAUUUUUAUUUUUAUUUAAUGUCAUUUUAUGAAUGACAGAAGUAAACUGUUGUUAUGGAAUACAAACAAUGUAAUGUAUAUAUAUAAUUAAGACAACAUGACUGGCCUUUGAUUGGCAUCAAAACAUCAACGUUAAUCGACUUAUGAUUAUUUAUGGUUUGCAACUCGUCAACAUUGAACUUGAAGUUGAUUUGUUGAACUGUUGAUGUCAAGAUCUACAUGUACAGUAACGUGCAACUGCUACACUACUAGCCUCCGCUACGGGCAUACUAUAUUAACUAAGAUAGUAGAUUACGACAUAAACAAAUACACUUUGUUCAUAGGUAAUUGACAAUCCAAGGCAAUGCUUUAUUUGACAGUUUAACUUAACUUUAAUGUCUUAAGAAUUUACAAAAUUACGUGAAAAGUGGAUACAAUAUAUUAUAAUAAAAUAAAAUAAAAAAUGAUUGAAUCACGGACAUGCUCAAUUCCCAACCAUGGGAGAACUGCACUUCAAACUAUGCAUGAACUUCGACGGGAAAGCGUCUUGUGCGAUGUGAUACUUUGUGUUGAUGGGGAGCGGUUUCCGGCCCAUAAGAUUGUACUUGCUGGCUCAAGCCCAUACCUCAAGGCAAUGUUCACGAACGGAAUGUUGGAAACUGAACAGGACGUUGUGGAAAUAAAGGACUUUGAUGCUCCAACUAUGCAAUGCCUCCUGGACUUCAUGUACACAAGCACUAUCGAGAUAACAGUGAACAAUGUGCAAAGUAUUCUACAGGGAGCAUCAUUAUUCGGUCUUCAACAGCUGAGAGUACUCAGUGCUCAAUUUCUUCAGUUGCAGCUCACACCCAGCAACUGUUUAGGUAUUCAAGCAUUUGCAGAUGUGUACAUGUGUGCUGAGCUGGAACGAGCAGCCCGGCAAUUUAUCUACCAAAACUUUCUCCCAGUGGCUCAUACAGAAGAGUUCCUUCAGUUAUCUGAGGAGAAAAUCAUCUCCCUUCUUCGUAGUGACCAGCUCCACGUCAUGUCAGAAUCUCAGGUCUUUGACGCAGCAUACAGCUGGCUUACGUAUGAUAAAUCUCGGACUGAGAGUGCUUGCAACAUUCUCAAACAUAUCAAACUAGGUCUUCUUGAAUUACCUAUGCUAGAAAACGUUGUGAUAAAAUCUGAUUUCUUCCGAACUUGUCACAAGUGCCAAUCCCUGAUAAGCUCAGCCAUACGUUCGCAAUAUGAGAGAAAGAACAUGGAACUGCUGACUCCCAGGGCUCACCCCCCUUGUAUUUAUGUGGUCGGGGGGAGAAAUAGCCAGGAUUGUCAGUUGAGAAGUAUGGAGCGAUAUGACAUUCUGUCAGAUACUUGGAGUUCUAUGCCAGGAAUGAACAUUGCCCGGACAGCUAUAGGUUCUGCCACACUGGAUGGGCUGUUGUACACGGUGGGUGGGGAAUGUGCGUUGAUAGACACACAGGAGAACACGCUCUACCUCCGCUGUAUGGAGUGUUAUGAUCCCGUACAGAGACAAUGGCUGCCCAAACCGGAGAUGAAAAUCGCGCGAUCAUUUGUGGCGUUGGCUGCAGUUGGUGGCUAUCUGUAUGCAAUAGGUGGGGAGGACCGGGCAUGUGGCUACAAUGUUGUUGAGAGGUUUGACCCCAGAGCUGACCAAUGGUCAUUUGUAGCCAGUAUGAAACGUCGACGGGCUGGGUCAGGCAUCACUGUGUGUGAGGGGAAAAUAUAUGUGGCAGGAGGUUAUGACCGUACCUUACACAUGGACCGUGCCAGCAUGGAGUGUUAUGACCCUGUCAUUGAUGACUGGACGUUCAUGUCCGAGAUGGAAAAGGCUCGCUCCGGUCUUGUUAUGGCCACCAUUGACCAGAACGUGUACGCAUUCGGGGGCCGCUAUCGACACACUGACCAGUAUUAUGAUAUGGUAGAAAGGUUUAAUGUUUUGACCCGACAAUGGACCACUCUAGCUCAGAUGAACACUCCGCGGGCCUGGCCGGGCAUUGCCAUUUUUGAUGGACGGAUUUACGUCCUUGGCGGGUUUGAUGGGGGAUACCGAUUACGUAGUGCGGAAAGUUACGAUGCAGAAACUGACCAGUGGACUCCGAUUAGCAACAUGCUUGUGUCUCGUGCUGGUUGCGGGGCGGCUGUUGUGUGAUUGGGAAGAAUAUUCUUGCUACAAGAUGAUAAAAAACUUACUGAUACCCUAUUUUUUUUUUAAGACAUUGAAUAUGGUUAAAUAAUCUUAUUGGACUGUUAGUUUUAUGUCAGAAUAAGAAAUUGAGUUUAUUAAAGUAAAUCGGGUAUUGACAAAAUUUGUGUUAAGAAAGGAAAUUGAGUACUUAUUUAAAGAAGAAUCAUACUGGAUGUUGAUUUAGGUGAGGCAAUUAAUUACGGAUAAUGUUAAUGAAUUGUUGAUAUUUAUAUGAGAGUUUUGGGGAUGGUGUUAUUACGUUAACUUUACUGAUGGGUUGGUAUGCUUUUUGCUUAAAUCAUUAUCUUCAUAGACGAGGUUAUAGAUUGGGAUUGUAUACUUUAGAUGAGGUUAUAGAUGUGGCUUAUUACAGGUUCCAUUUUGUAAUCAAGAUCAUGAAUUUUAUAUAAUCUUGUAUUGUUGUAUUACCAUAAGGUUUAUAAAAAACUUUGUUUUAAUUGAUACAAAUUGUAGAUUCAUCAUUGGUAUGUUUCACUACUUUUGAUCUGAAAUGGAAUUCAUAAAAUGCAAAUCUAGAGGGACUAUUCUAUUUUGAAAUUAUUCAUUAUCAAAAGUGUCCUGGAUUGAUGAUUCAUGUACACCCAGUUGGAAACAUCAAUUUGGGACAAUCUGAACUCAUUGACAUAUAUGAGAUUGUCACUGGUCAACAAGCCGGACAAGUGGGCUCCCAACCUUGGCUCCCCCUUAAUACUCCUUUCCCCAUACAACAAAAGAAGACCACACUCUUGCAUAACAUCAUGCAAACAUUAGAGUGAUUAAAGUUAUGUUGUUGUAAAUUAAACAAAUCAAAUAAUUUUGAUAUAAAGAACCUUAGCUUUCAUUUUCAAACAUACCGGUAUUAUGGACUGUUUAGAAUGCCCCAAAUAAUUUGACAACUAUGCUACUAAGUUUGUUACAAUUAAAUCCAAUGAAAUAAAUAGAGGAUAUAUUCAUGAGUGGGAAUUCCUUUGCAAGUUUUUUUUUUAACUUUAGUAAAUGAAUUUAAUAAAUUUUGUAAUGAAUGAACCAAAAUGUGAUAAAUGUAUUUAUAUCUUAAAAAUACUAAUUUGAUUAUUUAUAGCACUAGAUAUAUAAAAUUUCUCCCACCUCAGAUAAGUAGAUCCAUUAAUUUAACCAUGCUAGAAAUUCUUAUCUUUCCCAAGGGCGAAGAUAAAAUGCCCGUAUGGAACUUCUUUCAAUAGUCACCACAUUGUAAUUACCUCCCUUGUUGAAGACUGUCUUCUGUAACGCAUCAUGGAAACCUUGUCUUGUGGCAAUAUUUAGAAUGCUAGUUAAUUACUUCUCGCUUUAAAUGUCACCAUAAAACAGUUUUCACGCACCUUUCAAGAAAUAAUGCUUCACCCUUCUAAGAACUAUUUAAAGACAGAUCAGACCAUUUACAUAUAUAUACUCUGAAUCACUGCGCGAUUUAUUAUAUCCAUGACAACCACGAAUUAUCGCAUAUCCGUACGCAAUUAUUUUCACUAAGCACAAAAGAGUUCUAGCAAAAAAAAAAUACAUUUUUACUUAAUUUUGUUUAACUGAGGUGGGAGAAAAAGCAUCUACCAUAGCUGCUCGUGUAAGAUAGGUUCACCCCGACCCUCGCGCAGGGUGUUUUGCUGAAACUCGGUAAACCUCGUUUCCGCAAAACACCCUACGCUCGGGUUGGAAUGAACCUAUCUUACACUCUCGGCCAUGGAAGAUACUUAUAGUCUCUUUAUAACGCUGACAGUUUAAUUUGUUAAUAAUUUACAAUGUUAUGUUUAAAUUUAUCAUCUUGUUAUUAUUAUUAUUAAAUUACAUUAAAACUAUAUACCCCUGUAGUGAUUUAUGAUAUUAAUGGAUUUGUAGCAGUUGUACUUCAAGUCCGAGUUGAUAUACUUGUAGUUGACACGUUUUGUUACAAAGGUGACCUGGGUUUUCCCUAGGAUUUCCCAGGUCAAGUUUUUAAGUCUCUUAUGGUUGAAAAAUGAUUUAUGAAAUUAAUGGACUUGUAGCAGUUGUACUUCAAGUCCGAAUUUAUAUACUUGUAGUUGACACUUUUUGUUAUGGACGAGACCUGGGGCGGUAUUCAUAAAAUUUCUUAAGUCAUUUCCUAACUUAAGUCAACUUCUUAAAAAUUUUCAAAAUCAAAUAAAAAGAAAUGUAUAAGUGUUUUUAACAUUAAAGUAUGUUUUUUUAAUAAGGUCAAUAGAAAUAAUGUAUUUUUGAUUUUUUAUUUCAUAUGACUAAAGAGAUAAUAAAUUUAGGAAAGUGACAAACAUGAAAGUUAGGAAAUGAUUUAAGAAGUUUUAUGAAUAACGCCCCUGGGUUUUCCCUGGGAUUUCCAAGUUGGGUUCCUAUGACCAUGACUCAUGGUGGAAAAAAUUGAGUUUCUCUGGUAAUUAAAUAGGGUUCCAAUAGAAUGGUGUACACUCAAUGCAUGUUACUUUGUAUUGCAUAGUAAUUAUAAAAUGGUAGUCCCUAGCUUGAAAUUUGUGAAAACUUGCCAUGUUUUUGGUCAGCAUUAAUUAUCUGUAUUUAUUCAGGUCAUUUAUCUCAUCAUUGUUAAUCAAACUUUAUAAAGUUAUUAAAGGUAUUUUGUUAACAUUAUUUGUCAAUUAUCUGUUUGGGAUAAUCACUUAAAGCUGCACUCUCACUGAUUGAACAUUUUGACAACUUAUUUUAAUUUUUGUCUUGGAACGAGCCAAUUUUUGCGAAAAUCCAUGGAAACCAGUUAUAUAAGACUGCUGACAAAAAAUUAGAUUUAGGUUUUAGUCAUAAAACAUUAAUUUUCCAACAAAAUAUGAAAAUCUAUGAUCUCAUUAUUUGUCAGCAGUCUGUUAUCAUUGGUUUGCAGUUAAUUACGCAAAAAUUUGCUCUUUCCAAGACACAAAAAAAAAGUUGUAAAAAUGGUAUAUCUGUGAGGGUGCAGCUUUAAUGCAGUGUACACAAUAUGAUAAUUUGGUGUAUUGCUAAUGUAAAUAGAGUUAUUAACUUCAAACUAUGCUAUUCUAGUGAUUAGUAGUGUUACUACAUUGUAACUUAAUAUUUAGCCCUUGAUCAAAAUUACACAGUAUUUCAUUACAUGGAAUUUAUUUUAGUACCGGUAUGAUAUGUACAUACGGAACAUGGGGUUUAUUUUAAAGCUUGGAUUUUUUUGGGGGUGUAAAUUUGUUCAAAUAUAUAUAAACUGCUGAUCAAAUCCACAGUGCAUUUAAUAUAUGUAGAUGUUGUUUUAGUUUUUACUGCAUGGUACCGGUUUCUUCUUUCUGAAGUUUACGACAUCCACACCUUGUUCAUGGACAGUUUGCAUUCUAUAUAAAUUACCUGUCAAUGUUUUGUCCACAAUUUUAAAACAAAUACGUUUGAGCCUCAUUGGCCCUUGACCUCGCCUGGCUCGAAUUUCUUGUUAGCUCAAACUGGAUGCAAAGGACCGAUUUCUUUAUACUAAAGGCAAAAAAAUCCUGCAUGGCUCGAAUAUUUCGAGGCUCGAGGUAUUUUUCGAUGGUCCCUGGGAGUUCGAGCCUAGUAAGGAAAUGUUAGACUAGGUUUAUUGGGAUUGGUAGCUAAAGUCUUAAUAUCAUUCCCGAUACUUGCAUAAUUUUUGACAGAUUUUACUUGUCUAUCAAUUUUUGUUAGCCCUAAUAAACAAUUAUAACACCUAUAUUUAUAUGCAGUUACAACUGGCUAGCACUGAGCCCUCGAUAUUUGCAUUUGUUUUUAUUGCACCAUUUAUGCAACUCAAGAUUUUUAUGUUACAAAAAGGUGAAAUUAUGCUUAUAAAUGGUUAAUUGAAGAAUAAAGAUGUAUUUAAAGUCA